AUGAGGAGAAAGCCUGCCCUUGUAGCCUUGCUUAUCAACCUUGUUCCCUUUAAUAGCUGGGACACAGCUAAACUCUAGAGCUCUGACCUCCUUGACACUUACCAUUUCACACAGUAGCUCUUCCAUUGAAGGAAAAAAAUUGGUUAGGAGAGACAACUGUGGCUGAAACAAUGAACAUCAUCGCAGAACUCUUCCUGCUUCUGGCCAUUGUCAUCUACUCCUACCUGGAGGCCUUGGUGAGGCUAUUUAUUCCAGUGAAAAGAAAGUCUGUCAGUGGAGAGAUUGUCUUGAUUACUGGCGCUGGACAUGGAAUUGGGAGACUUACUGCCUAUGAAUUUGCCAAACACAAAAGCAAACUGGUUCUAUGGGAUAUUAAUAAGCAUGGUAUUGAAGAAACAGCUGCUGAAUGCAGAAAACUAGGAGCCCCAACUCAUGCUUUUGUGGUUGACUGCAGUAAAAAAGAGGAAAUUUAUAGCAUGAUAGACAAGAUAAAGAAGGAAGUUGGUGAUGUGACCAUCGUGGUAAAUAAUGCUGGAACAAUUUAUCCAGCAGACCUUCUGAGUACCAAAGAUGAGGAAAUUACCAAAACAUUUGAAGUCAACAUCCUAGGUCACUUCUGGAUUAUUAAAGCACUCCUGCCUCCCAUGAUGAAGAGAAACCAUGGUCAUAUCAUCACCGUGGCAUCCAUAUGUGGUCAUGGAGUGAUUCCUUAUCUUAUCCCUUACUGUUCCAGUAAAUUUGCUGCUGUUGGGUUUCAUAGAGCCCUAACAUCAGAACUUGCUGCCAUGGGAAAAAAUGGUAUCAAGACUUCUUGUCUCUGUCCUGUUUUUGUGAAUACUGGAUUUACCAAGAAUCCAAGCACAAGGUUAUGGCCUAUUUUGGAGACAGAUGAUGUUGUGAGGAAACUGAUGGAUGGCAUUCUAACUGACAAGAAAAUGAUUUUUGUUCCAUCGUAUUUAAAUUUCUGUUUGGUAUUGGAAAAAUUUCUUCCUGAGCGUGCAUUAGCAGCGAUAAACCGUGUACAAAACAUUCAGUUUGAAGCAGUGGUUAGCUACAAACACAAAAAAAAUUAAGACACUGGAUUCAAGUAGCUGUAUGAUGCUUUUCAGCAAUAAAUCUUAGGAAGUUUUAUAAAAAUAGAAAAACAAUGAGUGAUUAUGCAUAUAGGAUUGCUAUCUUUAUCUUUAUUUUUGAGAUAAAAUCUAAGAUUUCAAAAUUUUAUUACAUUUCUAUUUCAUGCAACUAUUUUUAUUCUACUUUUGUCCUUUCCAUACCAGAGUGAACAAAAAUAUUUUUUUUGCUAAGUCUCACAGAAGGAUUGUGGAAUCGGAGUGGGAAGGGCUUUGCAGGUCACUUAGUCCAAUUCCCAUUUGAAAGAUGAAGAAACUGAGUCUCAGGAAUAUUAAGUGCUUUGUCACACAGAUAGGAUCAUCAGAAGUAGGAUUUAAACUCAGUUCCUAGAUAGCUAAGAUUCUUUCCACUAGAUCAGCUGUCUCCCAAUGAGUAGUAUAAUACAGACAAAAUAGCAAGUUCUCACCUCUGAUGGGCUGUAGUUUCCUCUAAAAGACUAAAUGGUCUCCCAUGUCACUUCCAGCUCUAAUUCUAUGAUUCCAUUAUUGAGUACUGGAAAUCUUAAAUGAAGUUUAAACAGGCAAGCAGACCAUAAAAGGCACAACUCUUAAAUAAAUAAGUUUUGCAGUUAGGGGACAGCAUACUAAUAAAUUAAGGUUUUUUUUCUCAAGUGAUAUUGUUUUUAUCUUCUCCCUCCCACAUGAUUCAGUUGAAAUCAGAAUACCUCACCUCACCCUCUCUGUGACAUUUUAAUAUCCAAGAUCUCUAUCUUACACACCAAUGUCAUCCUGCCUCUAUCACUAUCCUUUCCUUCUACUUCCAUAAAUCCUUUGAUUUCAGAAAAGAGGGGAGAGAAUCAAUCAUAAAAGCACCAUUUAAUUUGGAAAGCUAACCCCAGCA